CGAUCCUCAUUUUUUCUCUCUCGUAAAGUAUUUUUCUCGUUGGUGGUGAAUACCGGUGCAAUCUCUGUCUUUAGUUCAUCUACUAGCUAGUAUCUCUCUGUUAAGAUAACAUCAUGGCCCAACCACUCUCUAUUUCCACCGGUGACGACCACGACGAAACCCAGGCUCUUCAACAACAAGAUGACGACGACACUACUAGCAAUAAUAACGAACCUUCUUUGGAGCAAAAGAUUUUGGAAGUGGUCAAGAAAUGUCCCAAGGACGAGUCACAACAAUACUUGGUCAAACCAGCUCGCUUGUCGGCGGAACUCGGUCUGAGUGUCGAAGAUGCCACGGCCGAACUGUGUGGACUACUCCAGGCGGUAGGUGGUGGUCACGAUGGAGCCGAGUUUCGCUUUGAGACGACGAAAGAUGACACGAAUAGUAGUACUGGAGUCUCCACCAUGGUCUUUACAUUUCCACUCGAUUUUGAACGGCGUGCCAAACGGAAAAGACGAAAGGAAGAUUUCCAACAAUGGCUGUGGGAGUGCUUUCUAGUAUUCCUCAAGGGUCUCAAGAUUGUUACAGCCUUUGGAUUGAUCCUGUCUCUCUGUAUUUUGGUCAUUGCCGCAAUGAUUGGAAUUGUUGUGGCGAUCGUGGCCAUGUCGACCAACAAUCAACGCGGAAAUGGGGCUCAUCGGCACAUGUUAUUUCGACAAUUGAGAGCCAUGUUCUACACCGUGCGACAAUUGCUCUGGUGCUAUGCACUCUUUGGACAAAGCGUGGAAGGACAGGAUCCGUUCUUGGGAGAAAUGGCAUACGACAUGUCUCUGCUGUUGAGUGUCUGUUGUGGCAGUCCAGGAAGCUUUUUCUGGUGGUUUCGAAUGCAACAAUUGAAUCGAAGAAGGGAAAUGCAACGACGAGGAUGGAGACGAGGUUUGUGGAACCAAAGCAGUGGUGGACAAUAUGAAAUGGAAAGUGAUGUUUCGGGAGUGCGCCUGGUACGAGGAGGAGACUGGGCAAGACAGCAGCAACAAUUACAACAACCAGUGCAACAAGGUUCUUCCGAUGAACAGCGUGGUUUGCUCUCGAUUGCAGUAGAAUACUUGUUUGGUCCCACUCCGUUUGCACCCGGUCCGUCGGAAACCGAAAAGUGGAAACUGAGGGCAGCAGCCAUUGUCCAGUUGGCCAGCAACCACCAAGGCGUCUCGCUGCAGCAACUAAGUCCCUACACGGACGAACCACCUUCGUCAGUGGAUCAAGAUGUGACCGCUCUGGUGGCGGGAGGGUUGCAGAUUGUGACUCACUUUAAUGGAGUGCCAGCCAAAACCACGACCGAAAUGAAGCCUCACAUGGCACAGUUUUCCUUUCCCGAACUCAUGGGAGAAAGUCAAUACGCAGCACGCUACGAAAACUUGGCAGACGACGAAGACGCCGAUGACGAAUCAUGGGGGUCACUGCUCUGCGUGGGCGCCACUGGACUGGGGCGACCCUCACGACGUACGGGUGCGACAGCUUCGCCCGUACCGACACAUCUCACGGAACGACGGUACAAGUUCACAAAGCUUCAGACCAACCAAUUUGUGUAUUGCGUAUCUCUGGGUGCCCUCAACUUGGUCGGAGUCAUUUGGCUCAAACAGUCUCUGGAGCCCAAAGGAAUGCUUUUUAUACCAGAUGGAACUCUCAUGGCAACAAUCAUCAAACAUGGUCUCAUGAAGGUCUUGUACUUUUAUGCAAUCCUGUUCUUUGUCCUGCCUGCGGCUAGACUGGCUUUGAUUGCCCUGCUCAAUGCCAGAAUCAGGAAAAGAAACAGUCGACGCAAGGGCUUGGCUUCUUCUCUGAAUGUCUCAUCAUCAGUACCGGCACAGGUAUCCAGUCCGUUAUGAUGGAUAUAUUCUCUACACUACAUGUACUAUAGGUUCACGUUCUUUCAUUUUAUUUU